GGGGGGAAAUCCUGGGUGUGAGUGAGAGGAAGAAGAAGGAGAAAACUUGGACACAGCAAAACCCUGUGGGUCAGUCUCACCUGCGUGCAAGCUUCGACCUAGCCAGUCCAGUUGAGCGGGCCUCCUCGUUCACAUCGACUCGCGCAUAGUUUCACGACAUAAUUAUUAAUCGACUCUUAUUUAUAUUAUUCCUAAUAAUACCAAUUGAACACAUUCAUCAUUAAAAGUGUUUUGUGUGACUCUUUCAAAGGAAAAUACAUAUUAAUAUAUUUUUUAACUCGAAAAUAUGUCUUAUUGAAUUACAGUGUAAUAUCAAGGAAUCAUAAAAAGUCGUGAUAUCGAUAAAAAAAGAAAUUUAUUAUCCAAAGUGUUUAAUCUAAUUGAAUGAAUUUUUCUAUAUAGAAUUGAUUACUAAAACUUAUUUGACUAACGUGUCUUAUACGAUAGCGUGCUUAUCGUUCCUGAUCUCAUAUAACUUUAUUAUGUUGACAACGUACUGACAAAAAAAAAAAACGUCGCGAAGCUAUUGUUUUUAUCAGUUUUAUCGUGAAAAAUUGCUUGGUGGAAAAAUAUUACGAUGUAGUAGUAUAGGAGUGAUAUCGGAUGGACUUGGAAAGUGCUUUAAAUUUAUAAUUAAUCUUCGGUCACGAAGAAAAAAAGCUACGUUCCAUUAAUCAGACUCCUUGAAGUGCUCUCUGAGUGUACUAGUUAAUAACAAUGUAGAGAACAUCUUAGUUCUCUUUCUUCAAAAAUUUUAGAAACUAUCAGUUUGAAUCUAUGUGAACAGUGAAAAACAACGUGGUGGUGGACUGUGAGUCGUUGAUGUAUUCGUUUCAUCGCCAUAAGGAUGAUGAUGAUGGACAUGGGCAUGUACGGGACCUACGGUAAGCCAGAUUCAUAUCCCAACUACGUGUUCGCUGGUCAAGGGAAUCAUCAUCAUCAGGCUUCUACCGUCGGUGGACAUGUGUCUGUACCACCAUCACCCGAUCUUGCACCGAGUCAUUACUACCCUCAGACUGCAGUGGCUCCUUACUCAUCUUCGUCAUCCGAAAGUUUCCUGACUGCUGAGUCUGGUGCUUCGUCGAGUACGCCGCCUCAAAGUUUCUACUCGCCGACGGGAGCUGUACUACACGAGGAUGGUACUACUACGGCGAUCAUUUCGUCGGAGAACGGUCUAAGUUAUACCAAUCUUGAUUAUGCUUCCUCUUCGACGUACUCAGGUCAACAACAACAACAACAACAACAACAGCCACAAUCACACGCAGGAUCUCAUGGUUCGAAUGAACCUCAUCAAAGUUACCAUGUACAGCAAAACACCUACAGAGAAGAUCAUCAUCAUCAUCAUCACCACCACCACCAUCAUCCACCGAGUCUUCAUCAAACUGCUACCUUACAAACCCAUCAAAGAACGGAACUUGAUUUGCACCAGCCAACCUCUAGUCAUCAUCAUCAUCAUCAUCCUCCUCCUCCUCCUCCUCCUCCUCACCUUCGGCAUGAACCCGAAUAUCAGGUACCAGUCGGUGCAACUCCCAAUUACGUUCACCAAUACGAAGAUUCUCUUCACUAUCAUGCUCCGAUCAGACAGAACGAGUUCCCCGGGCAUCCUACAGGACAUUACAAAGAAGAGAAUCGUGAUCCAACCUCUUAUCACGCUCUUCCACAGCCAGGACAACAUUCUCAACAACAGCAACAACAUCCUCAUCCACAACAUCCUCAUCAUCAGCAACACUCUCAUCAGCACCAACAACAACAACAACAACAACAACAACAACAACAACAGCAGCAGCAAGCUCAAGUACCUACUUACAAAUGGAUGCAAGUUAAGAGAAACGUUCCUAAGCCCGUCGCUACAAAGACGACUCACAAUGCUGGAGAUUUUAUCGGUAACACGGUCGGUGGUACAAAUCCAUCGGUUUAUGGAAAUUCAACGAGUGGUACCGUGAACUGUCUUACUGGCGGUCCAUUAGCUGGUAUAACAAGUGGCUUCAACAAUACCGGUCGUACGAACUUCACUAACAAACAACUAACCGAAUUGGAGAAGGAAUUCCAUUUUAACAAGUACUUGACACGCGCGAGACGCAUCGAAAUAGCCUCGGCCCUUCAACUAAACGAGACGCAAGUGAAAAUCUGGUUUCAGAAUAGACGAAUGAAGCAGAAGAAGAGAAUGAAGGAAGGCCUUAUACCGGCCGAUGGUGGAAACGUCACUCAACUAACUGGUGCGAGGAGUAGCAGCAAUUCACCGACGAGCAAUCAUCAAACAACAACCAAUCAGGACAAUAUUGCUGGACUUAGUCUAUCCAAUUUUACCAGCGACAAUAGUCGAGAAUCACCGCCUAUAUCGAUCAAAGAUUAAUUCGAUCAUUUAUGAUCUUACGUUUCACGACGAAACGAUGAUUGAAACUAAGCUAAGACUCUAAUAAUAGGAAGCAAAAAAUAAUGAGACAAAACAAAAAGAUAUUCCUCUUAUGUUUUCUUAAGAUAUUACUCGAAUAUUAUUAGAUUCAACAAUUUCAUUUAUACGGAUCUUAUUUUCGAAUCGUCACGUUUGUUACAACUGGAACUUCUUAAAUUUAACGAUUUAAGAUAUAAACAUAUUUUUUAUGUCUGUUUUUUUUUUAAUUUAAAAAAAAAUUUUUUCUUCAUUUCAUUAUUUCCAUAAUUGAUAUUAAACUCGAGACAUAACUCUCGCAUUUAAAUAGAACAAAAAUGUAUGAAAGUUCGUCUUAAAAUUGAAAAUAUUUAUGAUUUAGUUGUUAUUUUAAUUAUUAUCCGAUAUAAGCGAAUUUUCUUACUACUUUGUGUUACAACGUUACCAAUGUAAAUUAUCUUAUUCUGAACGAUCUUCGUAAAUUUAUUUUUUUUUUAUUUACAUGAUUACAUGAACUAUCUAAGAAGAAACUAAUGUCCUGAGAGAGCACUCGUUAGAUUAAAAAAAAAAAAAGAGAAAAAAAAAAAGAGAAAAAAAAAGGAAAAGAAACAGAAAACAAAAAAAAAUACACCUAGAGAUAAUACAAACCAAUUUAGAUUAUCAGAUUAUCUUUUAAUUAGGUAAUCCUACUAUCGAUAAAAUAAACGAAGAUGCAAAUACAAUUGAUAGCAAAAAAAAGAAAAAAAAAAAAAAAAAAGAAAAAAAGGAAGAAAAAAGAAAAAGAAAAAAAACGAUUAACGCCUAAUUCAAAUAAUCUAUAUCACGAUUUCGAUUAAUAAAAAACCUUUUCAAAUUCAUUUACUCGAACCAAAAUACAUAUGUACAUUUGUAAAUGAUUUCUCAAAAUAUCAUUGUCACGUAACGUAAUAUCUACAAAUGAAUACGUUGGUUUCACGAAUAUGACCGAGAAAAUGUCCACGCAAGUUGCAUAUACGAUAUGCAACUAACAAACAUUAAUAAACAAACGUUUGUAAAUUAACUUUAUGAAAUAUCAGAAACGUUUAACAGAUAUAUAUAUAUAUAUAUAUAUAUAUCUGUAAGCAUAUAUGUAACGUGUAACAUCAGGAUGUAUAGAAGAACUCAUUAAUUGUAAAUCCCAAUCAAAAAGGUUUCUUCAUAAUGAAGUUCCAUCUUUUCUCAAAGUAUUAUGUCUAAAAAGUAAUAAAAUUAUUACAAGAUUAUUAUUAUUACAUAAUAAUCUAUAUCUAUGCAUACAUACAUACAUACAUACAUACAUACAUACAUACAUAUAUAUAUAUAUGUGUGUGUGCGUGUGUGUGUGUGUAUAUAUGUGUAUAUGUUAUUGCGAUAACACACAAUAACGCGAUACAUUUAGUCUAUAACUUAAAAAUAUUUGUGUAUUUAUAUGUAAAUAGAAUCUUGAACGCGCGCGUCCAAGCUUGAUGUGGUGAAAAUAAAAAUAAUGAAAACGUUUAUUGA